AUGCGAACCACAGCGCUUUUCGGCAGCGUCCUACUGGCAGCGCAAUCUGCUCGCUCGCUCGAUCUCGACCCGGACAAUGCGGAGUCAGUAAAAGCAGCUACUUCCAAGAUCGCGGCCAACAUGUUGGACUGGUACAAGGGCGACGAGUCUCCCAACGCGCCUGGACUGCUCCCUCCGCCAUACUACUGGUGGAAUGCCGGCGCCAUGUUUGGCUCACUGAUCGACUACUGGUACUACACCGGCGAUGAUACCUACAACGCGGUCACGACGGAGGCGAUGCUCUUCCAGGUUGGACCCGAUGAGAACUACAUGCCACCCAAUCAGAGUAAGUCGCUCGGAAACGAUGACCAGGCAUUCUGGGGAAUGGCUGCCAUGUCUGCCGCAGAGGCCAAGUUCCCGAAUCCUCCAGAAGAUAAGCCGCAAUGGUUGGCACUUGCACAGGCCGUUGUAAACUCCCAGAUUCCACGAUGGGACGACAAAUCUUGUGCAGGAGGUUUGAAGUGGCAAAUCUACACGUUCAACAAUGGAUACAACUACAAGAACUCCAUCUCAAAUGGAUGCUUCUUCAACCUAGCCGCACGCCUGGGCAUGUAUUUGGGGAACCAGACCUAUCUUGAUGAAGCUGAGAAGCACUGGGAAUGGUCUCAAACCAUCGGUCUCAUCAGCAAGGAUUAUCAAAUCUACGAUGGCACCGACGACACCUUGAACUGCACAGAUUUCAACCACAUCCAAUGGAGCUACAAUUCUGGAGUGUACCUCUUGGGAGCGGCUGUCAUGUGGAAUCAAACUGAGAGUGACCCUACCAAGCAAGCUUUGUGGAAGAGUCGCAUUCAAGGUCUGCUCGACUCUGCGAGUCGCAUCUUCUUCUACCAGGACACGGGUAUCAUGUUUGAAGUCGCCUGCGAGCCUUCUGGUAACUGUAACUUGGACCAGCAAUCUUUCAAGGCCUACCUCUCCCGUUGGAUGGCCGCCACUGUCAAAGUUGCGCCUUGGACCCAUGAUAUCAUCAUGCCGCUCCUCAAGACUUCAGCCAUUGCGGCUGCGAAGGCCUGUACGGGAGGCGGCGUACAGGAUGCAACAUGUGGAGGCAAGUGGUUUCAGGGCACAUACGAUGGCCAAAAGGGUGUGGGUCAGCAGAUGAGUGCACUGGAGGCCAUCCAGAGCAUGCUCAUUGACCAGGUCCAAGGACCUGUCACCAAUUCAUCGGGUGGAACCAGCCGGAGUGAUAAUCCCAAUGUUGGUUUAGGGGGAGAUGACAAUGCCGGAGUCCCUGUCCCAACGAUCACCACGGCUGAUCGUGCUGGCGCCGGCAUCCUGUCCGCGCUUGUGAUGAUAGGGAUUCUUGGAGGGGCAUGGUGGAUGCUGGCCUAA